AUGGAAAUGUAUGCAAACUGAUUUAGAUUUACAUAGAUUCAUAGCUUCAUUUUCAUAGUUAGGCAUAACAUUGCUGUGUGUGUGUGUGUGUGUGUGUGUGUGUGUGUGUGUGUGUGUGUGUGUGUGUGUCAACAUCUGACACCAAUACACCGCCACUGUGUUUAGCAUUUGUUCUCUUCUGACUAAAGAUGUUCCCUCAAAGACUUUAUCUAAAAUCUCCCAUAAGUGUAUAUUUAGGCUGAGAGCUCGUGAUACCCAGAGGGCACCCUCAUAAGCGGAUAAAGAUGUUUACUCAGAACUCAUUUUGAAUUCAUUUGCAGUCACCCUUCCCUCCAAGAGGACAUGUGAACCCAAACAGCGCCCACAAAAUGCGUCCAUCCCACAACAUAACAGGGCCACUGGACCCCCUCAUUAUACGGUCAAGAGUUCUAUUUUUUCCUCUAAUCUGUCACCCAUCUUCACAUGGUUGAGCAAAAACACCACUUAAAGACACUUGGUUCAUCGGUGCCCCCAACAGGACUUAAAUUGUAAAAAUCUCGAAGACAUAAGAAGGAAAAUAUGAUCUUUGGCAUCAUUUAAUACACUGGUAUUAUCUGAUAAACAAGCUACCUGAGCUAUAACAGUGUCUUCGUCGCUGGAGUGAAGCUAUUACGCAGGCCACGCCUCUAGCUGCCACGAAGGACGCAGAGGUCACAUCCUCGGUAUUUUUCUGGGAAUUUAGGGUGGUGGAGAGUUACAUUCAACAGAUAUAUGUGUUGACGUUUGGAGUCUGUUUAUCAAAAAAAAAAAUUUAUUUUUUUAUUUAUGUAUUGCUUCCCUUUUUUUUAGUGACAUUAGGCCACCGCCUAUCGCUUAUAAUACAGUCAAUGUGCACAGGCUUUUCAAAAUGGAGUAGUGAUUAAUGGUUCGUUGUGGGGGUCUCUGUUUAUCUUCUGCAGUUGUCACAUAUCAGUCUCGUUAUCUAACUUGGAAACCAGCCAGUAAAGACGAAAAGAGCUGGCCUUACACUGCAUUAUCUCCAGGGCUGUUUCUCUUAUCUUUAAACGUCCGAGUCUUCUGACAUAUAUGGAUAAGUCCGUCAUCCUGCCGCCUGACAAUACAGUCCCAAAAUAAUCUGAGAGACCACAGCUGAGCCUCGCUCGGCUCUGCGCGCUGCUCCGCCGACGCCGACGACCUGGGAAGGAAAAAAGCGAAAUCUACCUUCAGUAAUGACGAAAUUCAGCUACUCUGACUAUUUGUCUCAGUUCCGUUAUGCCGGUAAUAAAGCUGUGUCGCGACUGCGAGGGGAUAGGAGAGGAGACAAUGAGAGCGUCGGCGCGUCAGAGCCGGAGGAUGUUGAUCCUGUGGUCUGUGCCAUCAAAAGAGGAGAUGUGGAAACUGUCAAAAAUCUGACAGCCUCUUCUCACUGGGUGCUGAAGGAGAACAAUGAUGGAUGGAUACCUUUGCAUGAUGCUGCCUACUGUGGACAGGAUGAGUGCUUGAAGACCCUUUUAAGGGCCCUUCCAGGCUCAGUAGACAAGCGCACAUUGCAGGAGCAGACGGCCUUGCUGCUUGCGGUGUCUUGUGAACACUUGGCCUGUGUGCAGUGUCUUUUGGAAGCAGGUGCUGACCCUGACAUCAGCAGCAAGAGCAAAGAAACACCUUUGUACAAAGCAUGCGAGCUUGAGAACAUAGACAUGGUGAACCUUCUUCUCUCUUAUGGGGCCACUGUGAACCAGCGGUGUGCCCAGGGCUGGACAGCCCUUCAUGAGGCUGUAUCGAGAAACAACACAGAGAUCUGUGAGAUACUGUUAAGAGCUGGGGCUAUAAUUAAUCCAUCUAAUACCUACACCAUCGCUCCACUGGUUGUAGCAGCUCAGCAAGGACAGAUGAGGACACUGUGUUACCUUAUUGAGAAAGGUGCAGAUGUCAACACGCAGACAUGCGAUGGGGUUACGGCGCUGCAUGAAGCGAGUAAAAAUGGCCACAUGGAAAUUGCGGCCCUUCUGUUGACUAAAAAUGCAGAUGCCAACAAACCGACAAGCUCAGGACUCCUGCCUUUGCACAUCGCUGCCCAGUAUGGACAUGACAAGAUUGUAUCUCUGCUCGUCUCGGUGACAAGUCGAGCCAUGCUCCGGCACAGUUGGAUCAGCCCCCUCCACCUGGCAGCAGAGCACAACAGACACACUGUAGCAGCUGUGCUACUGAAGACAGGUGCAGAUGUAAACGCCACACUGCCCCACAGCCACUCCAUCAAGUAUGCCGAUCGACGCACUACGGCCCUCUACUUUGCUAUUGCUAACGGCAGCACCGAAACAGCAGAGGUGUUGCUUAAUGCCGGUGCUAGUCUAAGCCUGGAUCCAGUCAGCCCUCUGCUGAUGGCUGUGCGUCAGGGUUGUGUCAGCACUGUGUCUUUACUGCUAGAAAGAGGAGCUGAUUUAAAUGCAAGCAUCCCAACAUGUACUACCACAUUCCCAGCUCUUGUUGCACUUUGUCAGAAUAAUCUGCCUCUACUCAAGUGCCUUCUGGACAAUGGCUGUGAUGCGCUCUCCUGUUUUACGUGUGCUUAUGGCAGUGCCCCUCACCCAGCUGCAGAACAAUCCGAUAUAAUAACUGCUGGCAGUAAUGGAUAUGCUUUGCAGAAUGGCAGCAUGCUUCCUCUAAAUUGCAAUGAGCCUUCAGAGAGGAUAACACAGUUCUGCGAGUGGAUCUCAACGCCAGUAAUGAGUAAAUGGGCAGGGCCAAUUAUAGACUUGCUGCUAGAGUAUGUUGGCCAUGUUCAGCUGUGCAGCAAGCUCACUGAACUGCUGGACAGCCGUGAAGAAUGGCACGUUGUCAAGAGGAAGUUGUUGUCACCAUGUCCACUGCUGCACCUCUGUAGAUUAAAGAUUCGGACCCAGAUGGGGGGACACAGACUGAGAUCCAUCACAAGCGUACCUCUGCCAAACAGACUGAUUAGAUACCUGAGCCACGUUGACUGACUUUAAAAUGAACCUCACGCAAUAUAGUCCUCAGAGAUAAGACUAUAUUUAUCUUCUUGUGGUUCUUUUUUUAGUCGUGUCUGAUGUCUUGAAUGUGUAAAUGUUCCUCUCAAAGAAAUUUUAUGUGUAUAAAUAUCUAUUUAUAAUAUAUGUGAAGUGACAAUAAGCCUCUUUAAUCUGUCCUUCAAAAUGUGUGUGUGUUUGUGUGUGUGUUUUCCCUUUGGAGAAAGCUUUAGCAAAAGGUAAAAAUGAUCUUGUGCCCAAAGGAGUUUUUAAGGGAAGUUGAAUCAUUUAUUUAAAAAUAAAAGUCAUUGUUUCAAAUGUGCCUAUCAAACAUUACUUUGACAAAGAAAGGCGAUUC